AUGGCUCUCAACCGAGCUGCCCUCGAUGAAUUCGUCACGCAGCGAGUCACUCGGGAGAUGAUUAGCUAUUUGGCUCAACAGGCAUCACACGUUAUCCGCUGCGAAGCCCAUGUGACCAACACUGUCAGCCAACAUGGCCAACCGACACCCCCCGCAACUCCUCCCAUGGACCCGGCAGACCCCUCCCUGCCCCCAUUGCCGUCUACUGAAGUCUUCAUCGCCUCUCUCGUUGCUCGGUCGCAGGUCCAAGUGCCCACUCUCAUGAGCUCCCUCGUGUACCUCGGCCGUCUGCGUGCUCGUCUGCCUCCUGUCGCCAAGGGCAUGCGCUGCACUGUUCACCGGAUCUUCCUCGCCUCGCUGAUCCUCUCCGCAAAGAACCUCAAUGACUCGAGUCCCAAGAACAAGCACUGGGCUCGGUACACUGCGGUCAAGGGUUACGAAGGAUUUGGCUUCUCACUACCCGAGGUGAACUUGAUGGAACGUCAGCUGCUCUUCCUGCUGGAUUGGGACACCCGCGUGACCGAGGAGGAUCUGUUCACAUACAUGGAGCCCUUCCUCGCUCCCAUUCGUCAACGUCGUGAACUUCAGUUGCGCGAACAAAAGGCUCAGGAGGAGCAACAGCGCAAGCAACAGCAGCACCGUGAAUGGCGCCGUCUGCAUGUUUCGGCGGAUCUGCUGGCCAGCCGUCUUCGUCGUCAAAAGCUGGAGGCCAGAGUCGAUGGUCGUCGGAUUCCCGAUCACUCUCUUCGUCGUCUCCCGAGCCAUGUCUCGUGCCCCAGCAUCAACACCACCCAAUCUCCGCAGUUCGCUGCCGAAACCGAUCGCUACAACCCAUAUCCCCGUCAUCGAACAUCGCCUCACAGGCCUGCUCGAUCCAUCUCUCCCCCAUCUAUCCGUGAUGUUCCCGGUCUCUCCCACACCGAGACUUUCAACUCUCUCUGCUCUCGUUCGUCCAGUGUCGCCCCCAGCUCCCGCGGCACCCCAGGAAGCAUCAGCACUGUUUCGUCCCACAGCAAUGAUGACUUCGCUAUUUCCGACUCGAACACUAGCCCAUCCACCGCGUCUCUGACCUACAGCUACGUCAAUGUCGGCGCCAUGGAGAAGCAACCCUUCGAGCCGGUCCGUCAACCCAGCAAGAAGAUGAAAGCCCACGGUCACUCCGGCGGCUUCGUUGCCCGCUUCCUCGCCUCUGCUACAGGCUCCUAUGGCCGCAUCGGUCGGCCACACGCUUAA